GAAGCGACCUGCCCACAACAAAGUGGCUUAUCAACGUGUGGAAAUGUCUGUCGGUCAAAUACUCUAAACGCGUGGUGAUGUUGACUCUAAAUGUGGAGGGGAAAACCCUGAGGAUCCGGAGGAAAAUCCACGCGACCACGGGGAGAGAGACACGCAAAUUCCAAAUAUCCUUAAUACAGAAUUGGUCUGAUGGAGCAAAGGGACUCGGCGCAGCUCGGUACAAGAAGGAAACAAUGCGACCAGUAUGCAGACAGCACGGAUCGUACUGGAAGUUUGACACAACACCAGAGAACUCACACAGGAGAGAACCCCUUCAAGUGCAGUGUGUGUGAGAAGGCAUUUGCAACGUUAUCAAAUGUUAAGCGCCACCAGAGAACACACACAGGAGAUAAACCCUUCAAGUGCACUGUGUGUGAGAAGGCAUUUGCAACGUUAUCAAAUCUUCAGAGCCACCAGAGAACGCACACGGGAGCUAAACCCUUCAAGUGCACUCUGUGUGAGAAGACAUUUGCACGGUCAUCACAUCUUCACGACCACGAAAGAACACACACAGGACAGAAACCCUUCAGGUGCACUAUGUGUGAGAAGGCAUUUGCACAGUCAUCACAUCUUCAGAGCCACCAGAGAACACACACAGGAGAGAAACCCUUCAAGUGCACUGUGUUUGGGAAGGCAUUUGCACAGUCAUCACAUCUUCAGAGCCACCAGAGAACACACACAGAGAAACCCUUCAAUUGCACUCUGUGCAGGAAGGCGUUUGCACUGUCAUCACAUCUUCAAAGACACCAGAGAAGACACAGAACACACACAGGAGAGAAACCUUUUAAGUGCAGUGUGUGUGGGAAGGCAUUUGCAAAGUCAUCAAUUCUUAAAUCACACCAGAGAACACACACAGGAGAGAAACCUUUCAAGUGCACUGUGUGUGAGAAGGCGUUUGCACGGUCAUCCAUUCUUAAAUCACACCAGAGAACACACAAAGGAGAGAAACCUUUUAAGUGCACUGUGUGUGAGAAGGCGUUUGCACGGUCAUGCAUUCUUAAAUCACACCAGAGAACACACACAGGAGAGAAACCUUUCAAGUGCACUGUGUGUGAGAAGGCGUUUGCACUGUCAUGCAUUCUUAAAUCACACCAGAGAACACACACAGGAGAUAAACCUUUCAAGUGCACUGUGUGUGAGAAGGCGUUUGCAUGGUCGUUCAUUCUUAAAUCACACCAGAGAACACACACAGGAGAGAAACCCUUCAAGUGCACUGUGUGUGAGAAGGCAUUUUCAUUGUCAUCAUAUCUUCAGACCCACCAGAGAACACACACAGGAGAUAAACCCUUCAAGUGCAGUGUGUGUGGGAGGGCAUUUUCGUAUUCAUCUACUCUUAAACAACACCAGAGAACACACACAGGAGAUAAACCUUUCAAGUGCACUCUGUGUGGGAAGGCGUUUGCAUUGUCAUCAAAUCUUAAGAUCCACCAGAGAACACACACAGGAGAGAAACCUUUUAAGUGCACUCUGUGUGGGAAGGCGUUUGCAAUGUCAUCAAAUCUUAAGACCCACCAGAGAACACACACAGGAGAUAAGCCCUUCAAGUGCAGUGUGUGUGGGAAGGCAUUUUUUUAUUCAUCUACUCUUAAACAACACCAGAGAACACACACAGGAAAGAAACCUUUCAAGUGCACUGUGUGUGAGAAGGCGUUUGCACAGUCACCACAUCUUCAAAGACACCAGAGAACACACACAGGAGAGAAACAUUUCAAGUGCAUUGUGUGUGGGAAGGCGUUUGCACAGUCAUCACAUCUUCAAAGACACCAGCGAACACACACAGGAGAUAACCCCUUCAAGUGCAGUGUGUGUGGGAAGGCAUUUUUUUAUUCAUCUACUCUUAAACAACACCAGAGAACACACACAGGAGAGAAACCUUUUAAGUGCACUCUGUGUGGGAAGGCGUUUGCAAUGUCAUCAAAUCUUAAGACCCACCAGAAAACACACACAGGAGAGAAACCUUUUAAGUGCACUCUGUGUGGGAAGGCGUUUGCAAAGUCAUCAACUCUUCAGACCCACCAGAGAAUACACACAGGAGAUAAACCCUUCAAGUGCAGUGUGUGUGAGAAGGCGUUUUCAGAUUCAUUUGCUCUUCGACGACACCAGAAAACACACACAGGAGAGAAACUCUUCAAGUGCAGUGUUUGUGGGAAAGCGUUUGCACAUUCAUCAAAUCUUAAAAAACACCAGAGAACACACACGCAUCAGAAAAUCCACAAGAAGUGUAAUCUGAAAUCAGCUUGUGAAAGUCAAAGUGCUGCAAUGACCCCAUUGUUCAUGAAACAAGAACCAGAAGACAAUCCCAGCCUGGACACUUUGAAAGGUAUCAAGGUGAAAUAUGAAGAGGCGAAAGUGAAAUGUGAAGAAGUAACAGUGAAGAGCGUAGAAGUGAAGGUUAAAUUUGAAGAUUAUUCAACUCCAAAAUCGGACCUUCACAUAGAUGGAGGCAGUGUGAAACAGGAACUAAAUUCUGACUGUGAGGCAGAGCGAGGCAACUCCCAGGAGUUUGUGGAUGUGGAGGUGUGGGUGGACUUCUUAGACAAUACAAAGUCAAAUGGAGACCAGGUAGAUGUGCAAGCUUCAGACAAUUAAGCUCCAAUGGAUGCACCUUUGUCACAGGCCUUUCUAAUGAAUAUAAUGUGAAGUUGAACACUCAAUUUCUAGGUUCAAACUGGAGUGUAAGCGUGGCCAGUAUUUGUGAACCUGUGGGUUGGGGCGAUCUCUAACCAGGAGUGACUCAAGUGUUUUGUAUCAUAUCUCAUCUUAGACACUCGAUGGGUGCCCAUAAUGGGCAUCUGCCCCUGUGUGCCACAAGGUGACCGUUCACUGGCCUGCAUGUGGAUAUGAGUUUGUAAGUCGGGGGAGAUGUUUGAUAUGCCAUUCGGAUUUGAACCUUGAACCUCUGCAACAUAGAGAAUGUACUACUACUUGACUUCCCUCUAUGAGAGUGCUGCACAUAUAGGCCUCAUCUCGGCAGAGAUCAACUUGUAAAUACGUUGCAACGUGACGCAGUACAUUUCAGUAUAGUAAUAAAAUGUUGCCAAUGUG